GUAUAACAUUUUACCAUGUUAGAGAUUCGCAAAAGCGUAGCUAUGAUCCGAGUGCUGUGAAUGCUACCACUGACGUUAGUUUUAGUUGGAAACAACGUCUUCCGGGUAGUUUGUUCAUUUGUCCAGUAUCUAAUCUAUGUCCACUACUGAAACCAAGCCCUGCAAACCGCUUCAACUUCACUUCAGUAGCUCCGAGUUCCCUUUAUCAGGAAGUCUGUUUUACAAUCGUGUUAUUGAGUAACACAUAUGUAUUUAGUAGUGCUUUAAACAGGGAGUAUAUAAAGGCACGACCAGCACAUCUGGACAUGCACCUAUUCUGUGGCCAGUGAAAAGGCUUCUGACAACAUGGGGCUAACUCAUGGACUGCAGUUUCUAACACUUCUCCACAUUCUGCUAUGCAGUGAAUCUCUUCCUCACAUGCAAAUGGAGUUUCCUAUCCAGCACACCUGGGACAGCAACCCCGUAAGGCAUGACCCCAUCAGGAUUGUCUUCUCUCCUGGGGAAGGAGGGCUGAAGAUUGAGGUAUUUGGUCCGUUCUUCAAUGACCCAGCAGUUCCCGCAGGGCCCCCCAGCCAGCCCUUCCCAGGAUUAUGGGAUUAUGAAGUCGUGGAGUCCUUCUUCCUCGAUAGUGCUACAGAAAAUUACCUGGAGGUGGAGUUUUGUCCCCAUGGACAACACCUGAUAUUAUUGCUGUCAGGGGUCGGCCAAGCAUUCAAGCAACAACUACCCAUGGUGUUCAAUGCCACAAUCAAAGGGGACAGGUGGAUGGGUGAAGCUGUCCUCCCCUGGUCCUACUUCCCUCCCAAUGUCAACAAGAUGAACUCCUAUGCCAUCCAUGGCUCAGGAGAGAAGCGUACAUAUGAGGCUCUUUAUCCCAUUCCCAAGGAGGAGAUAGCGGAGGGCCAACGGCCCAACUUCCAUCGCCUGGGGUAUUUCAAAAGUUUCCGCCUGCAGAGCAUCAUGGGAGAAGACUGGGUCCAGCCAGAAUCUGAUCUGUGGAGGGGAAAGCCCUGAGCUUUG